AUGAGGACAGUCUUAGAUGAGGGUUUGCUGAAGUUGGAAGAUCUAAGAAGUCAACGAGUGGCAGGAGUGGGAACUCGGUCUUCAAAGGAAGACUACCAUGGGACGAUGAGCAGGCAGGGAAGUUCGUUCUUUGACUUCAGAUAUUUCUGGCUACAUAUGAGGGAAGAAGCUGAAAACAGCAUGAAGAACAAGCAAAGUGCUGCAACCAACACAGAGCAGGCCACGACUGGUCGCGAGACAGCACCUCCGAAGUUUAUUUACAGCAGCUGUCAUGGUGGUUCCAGGGUUGAAGAUGUCCCUGGAAUCUACCGGAUUCUCUUAUUUGAUGAAGAAUACAAUGUGGAAAGUAAGAGAGAAAGUAAAUUUGCAGAGGAGAAACUUGACAAACGCUACCUCAGCCAGGCGAUCGAGGUCAACAUCAACAAGAAUUUUCCAUUUGUGACAAAAGGCAGACCCCAGGGAGUGUAUGCUGAACAAAUUGCUUUGAAUAACUUUACUUUUCUCUUCCUUAGCACAAGUCCUGCUCACAAAUACUAUCUGGCUAUGGACCCUGUGUCUGAAUCACUUUAUCUAUCAGACACCAAUACCCGAAAAGUCUACAAGUUGAAAUCUCUUGUGGAAACAAAAGACUUGUCCAAGAAUUUUGAAGUGGUGGCAGGAACAGGAGAUCAGUGCCUUCCCUUUGACCAGAGUCACUGUGGAGAUGGAGGGAGAGCAUCGGAAGCUUCACUGAACAGCCCUCGAGGCAUCACAGUUGAUAGGCAUGGAUUCAUUUACUUUGUGGAUGGGACUAUGAUUCGGAGAAUUGAUGAGAAUGGUGUGAUCACAACUGUAAUCGGCUCAAACGGUCUGACUUCCACACAGCCACUGAGCUGUGACUCGGGAAUGGACAUCACUCAGGUGCGAUUAGAGUGGCCAACAGACCUUGCAGUCAAUCCCUUGGACAAUUCAUUGUACGUCUUGGAUAACAACAUUGUGCUUCAAAUUUCUGAGAACAGGCGAGUGCGGAUCAUUGCAGGGCGCCCCAUUCACUGCCAGGUGCCAGGCAUCGAUCAUUUCUUGGUCAGCAAGGUAGCAAUUCACUCCACUCUGGAGUCAGCAAGGGCCAUCAGCGUCUCCCACAGCGGGCUGCUCUUCAUAGCUGAAACAGACGAGAGGAAAGUAAACCGCAUUCAGCAAGUUACCACCAAUGGGGAGAUCUCCAUCAUGGCUGGUGCCCCCACUGACUGUGACUGCAAAAUUGAUCCCAACUGUGACUGUUUUUCAGGUGAUGGUGGCUAUGCCAAAGAUGCAAAGAUGAAAGCCCCUUCCUCCUUAGCAGUGUCGCCUGAUGGUACCCUCUACGUGGCAGACCUUGGGAAUGUUCGAAUUCGUACCAUUAGCAAGAACCAAGCCCACUUGAAUGACAUGAACCUUUAUGAGAUUGCAUCACCUGCUGAUCAGGAACUGUACCAGUUCACUGUCAAUGGAACCCACCUGCACACCUUGAACUUGAUAACGAGGGACUAUGUGUAUAAUUUCACCUACAAUGCCGAAGGCGACUUGGGUGCAAUUACCAGCAACAACGGCAAUUCUGUGCACAUUCGCCGAGACGCAAGCGGGAUGCCCCUUUGGCUUGUGGUGCCUGGCGGGCAGGUGUACUGGCUGACCAUAAGCAGCAACGGAGUCCUGAAAAGAGUGUCAGCCCAAGGCUACAAUCUGGCCUUGAUGACCUAUCCAGGAAACACGGGGCUUCUGGCUACCAAAAGUAACGAAAAUGGAUGGACAACCGUUUAUGAGUAUGACCCCGAGGGGCAUCUGACCAAUGCAACGUUUCCCACUGGAGAGGUCAGCAGCUUCCACAGUGACCUGGAGAAGCUGACAAAAGUGGAGCUAGAUACUUCCAACCGCGAAAACGUCCUCAUGUCAACCAAUUUGACAGCAACUAGUACCAUAUAUAUUUUAAAACAAGAAAAUACCCAGAGUACCUAUCGGGUGAGUCCAGACGGCUCCCUACGUGUCACUUUUGCCAGCGGGAUGGAGAUCAGCCUCAGCUCAGAGCCCCACAUCCUGUCCGGGGCGGUCAACCCCACCCUGGGCAAAUGCAACAUCUCACUGCCCGGAGAGCACAACGCCAACCUCAUCGAGUGGCGGCAGCGGAAGGAGCAGAACAAAGGCAACAUUUCCGCUUUUGAAAGAAGGCUGAGGGCCCAUAACAGAAACCUGCUCUCCAUAGAUUUUGAUCAUAUGACUCGCACAGGAAAGAUCUAUGACGACCAUCGGAAAUUCACCCUUCGAAUUCUUUAUGACCAGACUGGACGACCUGUUCUGUGGUCUCCCAUAAGCAGAUAUAAUGAAGUGAAUAUCACAUAUUCACCUUCAGGAUUGGUGACGUUUAUUCAACGAGGGACGUGGAAUGAAAAAAUGGAAUAUGACCAGAGUGGAAAAAUCAUUUCAAGAACUUGGGCUGAUGGGAAAAUUUGGAGCUAUACCUACUUAGAAAAGUCUGUGAUGCUUCUCUUACAUAGCCAGCGGCGUUAUAUCUUUGAGUAUGACCAAUCGGAUUGUCUGCUCUCAGUCACCAUGCCUAGUAUGGUGCGCCACAGUUUACAAACCAUGCUUUCAGUGGGCUACUACCGGAACAUCUACUCCCCACCAGACAGUAGCACUUCUUUUAUCCAAGACUAUAGUCGAGAUGGCCGACUACUACAGACCCUGCAGCUGGGGACAGGGCGCAGAGUUUUAUACAAGUACACCAAGCAAGCAAGGCUGUCCGAGAUUCUCUAUGAUACCACCCAGGUCACAUUAACAUAUGAAGAGUCUUCUGGAGUGAUUAAGACAAUACACCUGAUGCACGAUGGCUUCAUUUGCACAAUCAGAUACAGGCAAACAGGACCUCUUAUUGGGCGCCAGAUUUUCAGAUUCAGUGAAGAAGGCCUUGUGAAUGCUCGGUUUGACUACAGCUACAACAACUUCCGCGUCACCAGCAUGCAAGCUGUGAUAAAUGAAACCCCUUUGCCCAUAGAUCUGUACCGAUAUGUUGAUGUUUCUGGUAGAACAGAGCAGUUUGGAAAAUUCAGUGUAAUUAAUUACGAUUUAAAUCAGGUCAUAACUACUACAGUGAUGAAGCACACCAAGAUCUUCAACGCCAAUGGACAAGUCAUUGAAGUCCAGUAUGAAAUCCUAAAGGCAAUUGCCUACUGGAUGACUAUUCAAUACGAUAAUAUGGGCCGAAUGGUAAUAUGUGAUAUCAGAGUAGGAGUAGAUGCCAAUAUAACAAGAUAUUUCUAUGAAUACGAUGCUGAUGGGCAACUUCAAACUGUUUCUGUAAAUGAUAAAACCCAGUGGCGUUAUAGUUAUGAUCUGAAUGGCAACAUCAACCUCUUAAGCCACGGGAAUAGUGCUCGUCUUACUCCUCUCCGAUAUGACCUCCGAGAUCGCAUCACCAGACUAGGAGAAAUUCAGUAUAAAAUGGAUGAAGAUGGCUUUCUGAGGCAGAGGGGAAAUGACAUAUUCGAAUAUAAUUCUAAUGGUCUGCUGCAGAAAGCCUACAAUAAGGCUUCUGGCUGGACUGUGCAGUAUUACUACGAUGGGCUUGGGCGACGUGUCGCCAGUAAGUCCAGCCUAGGACAGCACCUCCAGUUCUUUUAUGCAGACCUUGCCAACCCCAUAAGAGUUACUCAUUUGUACAACCACACGAGCUCAGAGAUUACAUCCCUGUAUUAUGAUCUCCAAGGUCACCUUAUUGCCAUGGAGCUAAGCAGUGGUGAAGAAUAUUACGUAGCCUGUGAUAAUACAGGAACCCCACUAGCCGUGUUCAGCAGUCGAGGUCAGGUGAUAAAAGAGAUACUGUACACGCCUUAUGGAGAUAUCUAUCAUGACACUUACCCUGACUUUCAGGUCAUCAUUGGUUUUCAUGGAGGACUCUAUGAUUUCCUUACUAAAUUAGUGCACCUGGGGCAAAGAGACUAUGAUGUUGUUGCUGGUAGAUGGACGACGCCUAAUCAUCACAUAUGGAAACAGUUGAACCUCCUUCCUAAACCAUUCAACCUCUACUCUUUUGAAAAUAACUAUCCAGUUGGCAAAAUUCAAGAUGUUGCAAAGUAUACCACAGACAUUGGAAGUUGGUUGGAGCUAUUUGGUUUCCAACUACACAAUGUACUACCUGGAUUUCCCAAACCAGAAUUAGAAAAUUUGGAAUUAACUUAUGAGCUUCUACAGCUUCAGACAAAAACUCAAGAGUGGGAUCCUGGAAAGACCAUCCUGGGUAUCCAGUGUGAGCUCCAGAAACAGCUCAGGAAUUUCAUUUCCUUGGACCAACUUCCUAUGACUCCCCGAUAUAAUGAUGGACGGUGCCUUGAAGGAGGGAAGCAACCAAGGUUUGCUGCUGUUCCUUCUGUUUUCGGCAAAGGUAUAAAAUUCGCCAUCAAGGAUGGCAUAGUAACAGCCGAUAUUAUAGGAGUAGCCAAUGAAGAUAGCAGGCGGCUGGCUGCCAUUCUCAAUAAUGCUCAUUACCUGGAAAACCUACAUUUUACCAUAGAGGGGAGGGACACGCACUACUUCAUUAAGCUUGGGUCUCUGGAGGAAGACCUGGUGCUCAUCGGGAACACUGGGGGGAGGCGCAUUCUGGAGAAUGGUGUCAAUGUCACUGUGUCCCAGAUGACUUCGGUGUUGAAUGGGAGGACUAGACGGUUUGCAGAUAUCCAGCUCCAGCACGGGGCUCUGUGCUUCAACAUCCGGUAUGGGACAACUGUCGAAGAGGAAAAGAAUCACGUGUUGGAGAUCGCCAGACAGCGUGCUGUGGCCCAGGCCUGGACUAAGGAGCAAAGAAGGCUGCAAGAAGGGGAAGAGGGUAUCCGGGCAUGGACAGAGGGGGAAAAGCAGCAGCUGCUGAGCACUGGGAGAGUACAAAGUUAUGAUGGGUAUUUUGUUUUGUCUGUUGAGCAGUAUUUAGAACUUUCUGACAGUGCCAACAAUAUUCACUUUAUGAGACAGAGCGAAAUAGGCAGGAGGUAACAAAAAAAAUCUCUGCCUUUGCGUCACCAAAGACUGCCUGUUUUUAAAACAUAAAAUGGUUUAUUGUAUUGGUUUUCUAGAUCAGAACUCUGUAUAUGUAAAUAUGGAGGAGAAACAUAUCCAACUGCCUUUCAAUGUGACGGAAGAUGGUAUUUUAAUAUUGUUUGUUUAAACUCUUUAAGAAAUGACAGAGAUUUUUAGUUCUUGUGUGGCAGUAUUCAAAAUAACGCAAGUAGAACUCAACUAAAAAAAAAUUUUUUUCAGCAAGCACCGCUUUCAAUUUGUGGAACCAUGCCGAUGUUCAAAUAUAAAGAAAGAACCCAAGGUUCUCUAUGUCUAUUGUGACACGUGGUUUCAUAUUCAGCUUUUGGCAGAACUUGCGGGCUAUUUGAAAGGUGGUGCAAUCAUAUCUGAACCUUGCAUUUUGAAAGACUGCCAGCUCUUUCACAUGUUCCAGAUCUGUUAUAGGAAACUUUGAAAGAAGUGUAAAAUGUCUUCGGCCACCAUCUCCUAGAGUCAGGACCCAUUUGCCCUUCAUCCCUGAUGAUUCCUCCUUGCUUGUUGAAACAGAUGCCAUGUUGUUGUGCUGUGUUUUGGCGUGUGGUGGCUGGGUUCUGUCUACCACGCUUCCCUGUGGGUGUGGUCACCAAACCCAAUUGCCACUAUUUGCUCGUGUGUACAUGAUACCAAGGCAGCUGGCCAAUGUAACUCCUCCCACCCAACUUGUUUUGACUACAUUUUGUACUCAGUUGUCCAGCUGUAUUAGUGUCAUGAAAACAUAGCUUUUAUUAACCUGGGUAGGAAUUUCUCAUUUAUAUAUAGGGUGUGUUUUGGUCAUAGUUUCACAUUCGUGAUUCAGUAUUUAUACACUAAUCCAAUGGUUUUGUGCACAUGAAAGGUAAUUUACUACAAAGUGUGAUUCUGGUACAAAAAAAAAAA